AUGCGGGUACCAUCCUGUCUGCCAGAGAAGAUGCGGGUACCAUCCCGCCUGCAAGAGAAGGUGCGGGUACCAUCCCACCUACAAGAGAAGGUGCGGGUACCAUCCCACCUACAAGAGAAGGUGCGGGUACCAUCCCACCUACAAGAGAAGGUGCGGGUACCAUCCCACCUACAAGAGAAGGUGCGGGUACCAUCCCACCUACAAGAGAAGGUGCGGGUACCAUCCCACCUACAAGAGAAGGUGCGGGUACCAUCCCACCUACAAGAGAAGAUGCGGGUACCACCCCACCUACAAGAGAAGAUGCGGGUACCACCCCGCCUGCAAGAUAUCAACCAGCCAACUCGUUCACACCACAUAAUCCUCUCCUUGUAA